UCACAUUUUUAAUUAUAGAGUUUCUUUUAAAUCCAGGCGGCGGAGUUGCUUAUCUCAUCUCCUUUCUUCCCUUUUAUUUAUAUCUUCCUCUUUCCUCUCACCCCUUCUUAACAGGUGCAGCGAGAGGCAUUUCCUCAGACACCCAUGUAACUCUCGUCUCGCUGCCCUGCCACAUCGAACCACGCCGUCGCCAUUGAUCGAUCGCAAGAUAGCAGAGGAGGAGGAGGAGAAGAAGAAGAAGAUGGGAUUGAUGGAAGAUGAGUUGCUUCCGUCGACGCCCGGGAAAGGGAAGAUCGAGCGUUCGCACACGAUCAAUCGCCAGUUCCACAGAUGCUUCGCGUCGACCGGCACCAUGUUCCUUUGGGCACUGUUCUUGAUCGCGCUCAGUGCCUCUUACCUCAGCUUCGAGAGCUUCGCCAGCUACUUCCGUGCGUCGUGGGGUGGGAUGCGCUUGGAGAAACAGAUCCGGGCCUCCGCCACCCCGCGCCGCCCCGGCGCCAUCUCCGUGCUCGUCACUGGCGCCGCAUGCUUCGCCGGGACGCACGUUUCCCUCGCCCUCCGCAAGCGCGGCGAGGGCGUCGUCGGGCUCGACAACUUUAACAGCUACUACGACCCGUCGCUGAAGAAGGCCCGCAAGGCGCUGCUGGCCUCCCAUGGCGUGCUCGUGGUGGAGGGGGACAUCAACGACGCCCGCCUGCUCGCCAGGCUCUUCGACGUUGUGCCCUUCACCCACGUGAUGCACCUCGCAGCCCAGGCCGGCGUGCGCUACGCCAUCGAGAACCCGUCAUCGUACGUCGGCAGCAACAUCGCGGGGCUCGUCGCCCUUCUCGAGGCGUGCAAAUCCGUGGACCCGCAGCCGGCAGUCGUGUGGGCGUCGUUGUCCUCGGUGUACGGCCUCAACAAGGAGGUGCCCUUCUCGGAGUCGGACCGCACCGAUCGCCCGGCCUCCCUCUACGCGGCCACGAAGAAGGCCGGCGAAGAGAUCACCCACACCGACAGUCACAUCUACGGCCUCUCCAUCACGGGCCUCCGCUUCUUCACCGUCUACGGGCCAUGGGGACGCCUCGACAUGGCCUACUUCUCCUUACCCGCAACAUCCUCCAGGAAGCCCAUCACCGUCUACCGCGGCAAGAACCACAUCGACCUCGCCCGCGACUUCACCUACAUCGUUGACGUCGUCAAGGGCUGGGUCGCCUCCCUCGACACCGCACAGAAAAGCACCGGGAGCGGCGGCCAGAAGCGGGGCCCGGCGCAGUACCGCAUCUACAACCUGGGCAACACCUCGCCGCUGACGGUGCCGACGCUGGUGCGCAUCCUGGAGCGCCACCUCAAGGUGAAGGCAAUGCGGAACGUGGUGGAGAUGCCGUCCAAUGGGGACGUUCCCUUCACUCACGCCAAUAUCAGUACAACUCGUGCCGAGCUCGGCUACAGUCCCGCCACCAACCUCGAGACCGUCCUAAAGCGAUUCGUCAAGUGGUACCUCUCCUACUACGGCUACAACCCCGCUAGUGGCAGCUUAGCUUCAUCAGCAGCGACCAAAGCAUCCAAGAGCUCUUAAAAAUCCCUCUUUUCCUUCGUUUUUUAUUUUUAGAUCCAUUUAUUCUCGGUUGAUGAUGAAUAAUCAAUCACACUCGAAUUCUAUUCUUUUUUUGAGCUCGUAAAGAAGGAUCAUUUACUUGUUCUCUU